GUAAAAUAUUUUAUUUCUUUUCAGGCUCAAUCAUGCUUUGCACAAAACGACGUGUUUCUUCCAUCAGCCAAGGUGAAGACGUUGGAACCCGAGAUCACGACCUCGACUCCUCUGCCCGUGACCGAGAGGAACCUGUGGGGAAUAAGAAUGUGGCAGGUGGCGGGAUUAGCCUUCCUGUCCACCGUAGUGCUUGGUGAGUGUCUACUGAUAACAGCGUCAUCCCAAACUGUAAACCGGCUUCUAUUGGGAAGACACCGAGGCCAAUUUACCUCAACAAAUGAGUUCAUACAACGAAAUUAUUUUGUAAUAACCCUCACUGACGCAGCGCCAGUGUUUCAUUAGAAACCUACCCAUGGGGACUGGGGAUAGGGCUCGUCCUCGUCUCACCGGUUUUUAACUAAGCUUAUGCGUUUGAUUUUAGUCAUAUUUUGUUGCUGCCUCUGUGACUGUCGUAUCCCUAAGACUACUUAUGACAAAGAGGAAAAGCCACAAGAAGACAGUGACUGCAGUGAUAUUGAACCAGCGGUUACCGUCCGUCUAGCACCAGUGGUGACACAAAAGCAAGAGCCUAAGGGCGAGAAAAUGCUGGUUAACGGUUCCUCUCCCCAGGAACGUCACAGGGGCUCCAGAAAACACGAGAUAGGAAAAGCAAAUUCCGCUUUUGAGAACGACGGCGAAAAUUCUGCUCUGCAUAAUGAAAACUGGAUAGGAAAGCCGCGUAUUUCAUUCAGCCGGCAGCCUUAA